GAAACAGCCCCACAAUAGUCAGUGUACACUUUAAUUCCCCAUGAGGUCUUUCAAAAGUCUCUCAUCCUGCUGAACAACUUCAGUGUUUUCAGAUAUAAAUAAAAAAGUGAGUGAGAGAGGCUCCAGUCAAACAGUCAGACGAGAAAAACCUGUUUAACCUGCCUGCAGUUCAGUUCUGGGAAGAAUUGUUUACCCGAUGAAUACUGGGAAGAACUGUUUACCCGGUGAGAAGACAGUUUGUGUGUUUCGUGAGAAUAAGUAUCAAGUGACCUGUCAGCUACCAUCUCUAAUUUCCUGUGCUGUGUGCACAAUAAACAUAAUUACUCACAGUGGAACUGACUUAUCCACAUAAUGGACCUUCAUCCAUGAGUUGUGGCCACUGCACCAUUUAUCAAAGACAGUGAAUCUUAUGAUGAUACACUGCACCAGAAUGGCUUUAACAUGCAGACAGUAGACACAGUGGCAACAUGAGUGAAUGCGGAGACACAGCUGGAGGAUGGAGUCAUGGAGAUACCAGUCUAUCUGAGAGUGAGAGGCCAGAUUCCCCUGCACCUAACUGUGUGUCCCUGAAGAGUGACCAUUCAAAAGGUCAGAUCAUCACCUUCAGGCCUGAUUUCAGGAUGUCCAAGAACAGGAGAUCAGACUCUCCUGCACCAAGCUGUGGGUCCAUGAAGAGUGACCACUCAAAGGGUCAGAUCAUCACCUUCAGAGAGGGAGACCAACCUGAUCCCAGUCCAACUCAGAAAGAGAGGCCAGAUUCUCCUACACCCAGCUGUUUGUCAAUGAAUAGUGACCAUUCAAAGGGACAGAUACCUUCAGUGAGGGAGACACUCAUCCAGACCCUUGUCUUAAACAGAGGGUACAAAUGACCAGAAGCCAGAGUGAUCAGAAAAGGUUGUCAACAAUAUUCAAGGACCUUGAACACAAAGCCAUAAAUUUCAUGACAAAAGAACUAAAGCGACUCAAGAAGCUCCUGAGUCAUGAUUACCCAGAAUCCCCUUGUAUUGAGGAGGAGGAUGAGGAGGACCAGAGAGAUGCCAGAGAUGGAGCUCUGAAGGUUGCAGUGCACAUCCUGAGGAACAUGAGUCAGGAGAUCUUGGUGGAGCAACUGCAACAAUAUGUACAGUUGCCUAAAUGUCAACAACAGCUGAGACUCAGACUCAAGAAGAAGUUUCAGACUGUAUGUGAAGGGGUACCAAAGCAGGGAAACCCUGCAUUUCUGGAGAAGAUCUACACAGAGCUUUGCAUCACAGAGGGGGAGCUGGAGCUGGAGCUGUUCAAUAUUGAACAUGAGGUCACACAGAUUGAGAUGGCAUCCAAGAAACGUGUAACAACAUGGGAAACACCCAUCAGAUGUACUGACAUCUUCAAGCCCUUACCUGGGAAAGACAAACCCAUCCGAACGGUGCUGACAAAGGGAUUGGCUGGCAUUGGGAAAACGGUCUCUGUCCAGAAGUUCAUUCUGGACUGGACUGAAGGAAAAGCCAAUGAGAAAAUCCAGUUAAUAUUUCCCCUUCCUUUCCGGGAGCUGAACCUGAUUAAACACAAGACAUACAAUUUUGUGGACAUCAUCCAUCACUUUUUCAGUGAAACAAAAGGUGUCAACUUCUCCAACCACAACUACAACACUGCUUUCAUCUUUGAUGGUCUAGACGAAAGCAGACUUCCUCUGGAUUUCCAGCAUAAUGAAAGCAUCUACAAUGUCAAUGAACAUGCCACAGUUGACGUCCUUCUCACAAACCUUAUCAAGGGGAAUCUGCUUCCCUCUGCUCUUGUGUGGAUCACCUCCCGACCAGCAGCAGCCAAUCAGAUCCCUCCUGAGUGUGUUGACCAAGUGACAGAAGUACGAGGUUUCACUGACCCACAGAAGGAGUACUUCAGGAAGAGAAUCACAGAAGAGGAGCUGGCCAACAGAAUCAUCACACACCUCAAGUCAUCCAGGAGCCUCUACAUCAUGUGCCAAAUUCCAGUCUUCUGCUGGAUGGCAGCCACUGUUCUGGAGAGCAUCUUUACUGAAGCAGAGAACGGAGAGAUUCCAAAAUCUUUGACUCAAAUGUACAUACAAUUCCUGAUUGUACAAACCAAACACAGGAGUCAGAAGUAUGAAAACCGUGAUGUGGACACACUCUGGAACCUGAAGACCAUUCUGUCCCUGGGGAAACUGGCCUUUCAGCAGCUGGAGAAGGGUAAUCUGAUCUUCUAUGAGGAGGACCUGAGAGAGUGUGGCAUUGAUGUCAGAGAAGCAUCAGUAUACUCAGGGAUGUGCACCCAGAUCUUCAGGGAGGAGGCUGGACUGUACCAGGGGAAAGUUUUCUGCUUUGUUCAUUUGAGCAUUCAGGAGUUUCUAGCAGCUUUAUAUGUGUUCCACAUUUUUGGUAAGAAAGAGAGAAACACAUCUGAUCAACACCCAGCGUCUCCGCUAUCCUGUUUGUUCAGGGCUAAGAGAGUUCACGAUCUACAAAAGACUGCAGUGGAUCUGGCCUUAGAGUGUGAGAAUGGACACCUGGACCUUUUCCUUCGUUUUCUCCUGGGUCUGUCACUGGAGUCCAAUCAGAAACUCUUACAAGACCUGCUGCCACAGACAGGAAGCAGCUCACUGAGCAUUAAGGAAACGGUGAAGUACAUUCAGAAGAAGAUCAAAAAGGUCCCCAACCCAGAGAGAUGCCUCAAUCUGUUCCACUGCCUGACUGAGCUGAACAACCAUUCUUUGGUGGAGGAGGUAAAGGGCUACUUGAGGAAGAGAAAUGAAACCAGUCUGCAUCUCUCUCUCUCCCAGUUGUCAGCUCUGACGUUUGUGCUGCUGUUGUCAGACCAAGAACUGGAUGAGUUUGACCUGAGGGAUUAUGGAGGAUCAGAUUCACCUGCCAGAUCUGAUGAAGGUUUGCUGAGGAUGCUGCCAGUGGUCAAAUCAUCAAGAAGUGCUCAGCUGAGAUAUAGUCAUCUCACAAUGAAGAGCUGUGCAGCUUUAUCUUCAGUUAUAAGCUCAAACUCUUCCAGUCUGAGGCAGCUGGGCCUGAGUGAAAACAAUCUGGGAGAUUCAGGAGUGGAGCUGCUUUCUACUGGUCUGAAGCAUCCAAACUGUAGAAUGGAGAAACUAGACCUAAGAUGGUGCCACCUCACAGAGAAGAGCUGUCCAGCUUUAUCUUCAGCUCUUAGCUCAAAGUCUUCCAGUCUGACAGAGCUGGACCUGAGUUACAAUCCCCUCGGAGAUUUGGGAGUGGAGGUCUUUUCUACUGGCCUUAAAUGUCCAAACUCUAAACUGAGGGAACUGGGCAGGAGUUCGUUCUGACAACCUUUGCGGUGGUGAGCGACGCAGACAUACAAUUGACCAUGGAGAUGACUGAGGAA